AUUUUCAACCACUCUCCCAAAUAAAUUUAAUUUUCAUACUUCUACUCCUAUUAUCAUAUAUACCCUUAUAAAACCACUUAUCUAUUUAAUUAACCAUGUAAAAAAGCUUCAUAUACCAUGGCAUCAACAUCCUCUUCUUCAUCAUCAUGUUUAUAUGUAAUAAUAUUUCUUGUAUUAAUUACGCAUUUUAUUAUAUCUAAUACAGUAUCCGAACCAGCUUAUGUGUACUCCCUUUGCCCUGACAUGAAUACGGUUGCACCAAAUACCCAAACCAAUAUCAAUAACCUUCUUUCUUCCCUUUUAACAAAUACAACAAGAUAUACGCAUUUUUAUAAUACGACUAUAGGCAGAGGAGCGAAUAAAUUGUAUGGAUUUCAUUUUUGUCGAAUUGAUCAAACGGAUGCGUUUUGCAACAAGUGUAUAUCUUUAGCUAUUGAGUCGUUAAAAGCUCAUUGUAAUGGGAAGAUAUCAUCAACCGUUUGGUAUGAUCAGUGUUGGGUUCGUUUUUCGAAUGAGUCGUUUUUCGGAAGUAUGACGAGUGCUCCUAUGAUUCCGAUGUGGAACCGAGAAAACGCCGUGGAUAUACAGAAUGUUACCAGGAAUCAAACGGGUUUUAUGCAGGUUUUGGUGAACACUUUGUUGAAUAUUUCAGGUGGAGCAGUAAGUGGUACGAGAGGUCGAAUGUUUGCUACCAAUGAAGGUAAAUUUGAGAGUAGUCGUACGGGUAAUAUGAGCACGGCCACGUUAUACACGCUUGCCGAGUGCACUCCAGAUAUAUCUGCGACUGAUUGUAGAAGUUGUUUAAGAGAGACAGUCGGUAAUAUGACUGAGCUUUGUAAUCUGAAGGCUGGGUGUACUGUUAUGAAUCCUAAUUGUAAUAUGAGGUACGAUGUGUACCCUUUUUACAAGGAUGCUUUGGUGCUUCCUUCUCCAACGACGCCUGUUUAUGGUGGUGGAGAUAAAUUAAGGCGAAGACGAAACUUACGUGCAAUAAGCAUUGCUAUUUCAGCUACCUUAGCAACAUUGGUUUUGUUUGUUGUUUGGAUUUAUGUGCACAGAAGAAAGGUCAAUAGAAAAUCUAAAGAAGCAGAGGAGAUUGAAAUUGCAGAGUCAUUGAGGUUUGAAUUCACUACCUUGAGGAAAGCAACCAAUAAUUUCUCGUGUGAUACCAAGCUAGGAGAGGGUGGAUUUGGGGAAGUUUACAAGGGAAAGCUUGAAAAUGGGCAAGAUAUUGCUAUAAAGAGACUCUCUAAGUCCUCUAAUCAAGGAAUUGAUGAGUUUAAGACUGAAAUUGUGUUGGUUGCAAAACUACAACAUAAGAAUCUGGUCAAACUCUUGGGCUUUUGCCUAUCAGGAAAAGAAUACAUACUUGUUUACGAGUUUUUGCCUAAUAUGAGCCUAGACCGCUUCCUAUCAGAUCCAACAAAGAGAGCAUCCUUGAAUUGGAAGGCAAGAUUUAAGAUCAUUGGAGGAAUUGCAAGAGGACUUCUUUACCUUCACGAGGAUUCUAGGCUCAAAGUUGUGCAUCGUGAUCUGAAAUCUAGUAAUAUAUUGUUAGAUGAAGCUAUGAAUGCGAAGAUUGCAGAUUUUGGCACAGCAAGACUCUUUGGAGUAGAUCAAACUCAAGACAAUACCAAUAGAAUUGUCGGAACAUUCGGAUACAUGGCUCCAGAAUACUUACUAACAGGUCAAUUCUCCGCUAAAUCAGAUGUCUAUAGCUUUGGCAUCAUAGUCUUAGAACUUGUGAGUGGUUUAAGAAACAAGUGUUACAAUCAACAAGAAGUUGUGGAGUCUCUCCCAUUCCGGGCAUGGAGGUUAUGGAGUGAAGGAAACCCAUUGGCAUUGGUCGAUUCAGCUUUAGGGAACGAUUUUUGCAUCGAAGAAAUGAUGAAAUGCAUCCAUAUUGGUGUGUUAUGUAUCCAAGAAGAUGCAUAUAAAAGGCCAAGAAUCACAUCAAUUGUUGCGGCACUUAAUGGAGAGUCCAUAACACUACCAUUGCCUACACCACCUCUUCUUUUAAGUGGAUACGACGUAAAUGAAAGUAAAGAGGAAACUCGUACCGAUUCUGCAGUGCUAGAUGAUAUCACUGAAUUGACUCCUCGAUAAUGUUAUAAGGAAACAUGUAUAGAAUUUACUAAAUAAGUUGUAGUUGUUAAGAUAGAUCAGUAUGUAUGUAUCAUAUAUUGUGGUUUAACCAAACUAUUAUGUAUAGUAUAGUGCUAAAUUACUAGACAUUAAAACUAUGAUUAGCUUAUAAUUUAUUUAUUUACGUGUAGUCAUUAAAUUUGUAAUAUUGAUAUGUUAAUAACAAUUAAGUUACACCCUUUUUUGUACCGAAG